AACGCCCCGCCAUGUCACUUUCCCCGCCAAAAAACCAGAGGCUACAAAAAACCCUACGUCGAUUCCUUUUGAAUCCAUCAAUUUCUCACCUCCAAAAUCCAUCAGGUUCGCGUCCGAUUGUGCGUUGCCGUGCAGACAUGGACGCCGCCAAACCUCCGCCGUCUUACUCGCUCAGGUCAAAGAAGCAGUCGCAGUCACCCGCCAAGUCGGAUCUGAAGGAGCGGAGAGCUCCUGAACCCGACCCGAGUCCAUGGGCAGUGAAAACGCCCGGCAAGCCUGCCAAUCCCCCGAGAAGGACGCGCAACCGUGGUGCGGCUAUGUCGAUCAAGGAAAUCAGGGAGGCGGCCAUGAAGCUCCGGGGACGCAGAUCCGACCCGUCUGAAGAGAUUGGGCAUGUGGUUGAAUCCAAAGUCGAGCCCGUGGCUAAGUCGAAGAAGCCUUCUGUGUCAGAGAUCAAGCUUCCUGAGAAGUAUGAGUUGUUGGAUAAAUUCUUCAACAGCUUGGACAGCUCAAUCAGACUACUACACUUGAAGGGAUCUGCCCCAAUAUUUGCUCAUAUUAGUUUCCAAGUAGAAAGUUUAACUGACAGGAGGUUCACAUUUAGUCAUUUAGCCCAAUUGAAGUUCAUCAUGCCUGAGGCAAUUAUGUUAGAGAAAGUCUUGCGGCAUGAUGAGCGCACGAGCUGCAUGAGGCCUGACCUUCGCAUCACAUUGAAUGCUGAAGCAGUUGAAAGCAAGAGCACGUCUCAAUCUCUUAGUGGAAAUUUGAGGUUGAGAAAGGUUUUCCGAAGCCGGCUUCUGGAAUUUUUAAAAACUCAUACAGAGGGCGAAGAAGUACCAGAGGGACCUCUGCCAGAACCUUUUAGUCGACCGAAGAAAAAUGCAAGUGAAAAUUCUGUACAGCCCUCAACUUCACAUUCAAUGACAGAGACACCACUGUUCGGAAGAAAACCAUUCGCAUCAUCACUUCUGCCUCCAUCGUUUAAACCCCGCUUCACACAAAGAGCUUCCGUCGAUAGCUUAGAAAAUUCUAAGCAAGACAAAUCACUAGUUUUGGAAGAAAAAUCUCUUCAAAAUUCUUCAAAUUCUCCAUCCAAGUUACCUAUUAACUCUCCACACAGUGAAAACUGCUCUUCAGACAGAAACCUGUCGUCACUUCAUGAAACACCGGUCAAAUGUGUAAAAUCCGUUGAGACAGUGUCUGUACAAAGCACGCCAGUGGGCCCCAACUCAACUCCCGCUAAGCUGAUGACUGCCACACCUGCCCUUCGUCCGCCAAAGAGAAGUCAAAUGAGCCCUAAUUAUAGCUCGUGUGGAUCACCAAGCAAACUUAUCAGGCGGCCACCCCCAAAUAGGCCUCUGAAGUUCGACACCCCUGUAAAGAACUCGAAAGUUAAUCUUGAGCUUGAUAGAAGCGGAAGUCGAUCAAGUGGUGGUGAUGACAUUUUGGACAUUCUCCCAGAUGCUCUCGUACAAUCGAUACGUGAGAAGGAGAGGCUAGCCGCAAUCGAACAGGACCCAGCAAUAUCUCGAGCAAAAUGGAGGCAGAAAAUGAUAGCUACCUUGCCCAAGCGGUUUGACACAAUCUACUACUUAUUUCAAUCGAUGGGUCGUUCAGUGGUCACUAAAGAGGAACUGAUUCAGAAAAUCGUGACUGGUGAUUUGAAAGUCACCGAUAGAAAUGAGGUUGAGGAGCAACUUACAUUGCUACAAGAACUGGUUCCUGAGUGGAUUUACGAGAAGUCGAUAACGAGUGGGGAUCUCCUCAUAUGUGUUAACAAAAUCUCGAGUCCUGAGGCGAUACGCACAAGGCUGUCCGAGGCCAAGUGAAUGCUCUCUCUUUCUGUGUGGGACGAUACCUAGGAGUAUGUUCAAUGUCAAAAGCCAAACUCGAGAGUAUCAAGACCUGAGUACUUCUUUUAAGGUUUUGUGCCUUUACCAGCUAAGGGAGCCAUAUCAAGACCUGAGUACUUCUUUUAAGGUUUUGUGCCUUUACCAGCUAAGGGAGCCAUAAAUGAAACUCGCGACUUGCAGAUGCUUAGUUUUAUCAGCAGCCAUUGUACAAACCGAUGCCCUUUUUUUUUUUUUUGCCAUUGUCUGAAGCGAGAUGCGGUACCUUUGUGUU